AUGGAGAAUCUCCCCACAGAACAAUGGGCACAAGUAGUCGAAGAAACCGGAAAACCCGUCGUGUACAAAAAAAUCCCCGUCCAAAAACCCGGACCGGAUGAAGUUCUCGUGCACAUAAAAUAUUCCGGAGUAUGCCACACUGAUCUCCACGCCGUGAAUGGCGAUUGGCCAUUAGAGAGGAAACUACCACUUGUAGGUGGUCACGAGGGAGCAGGAGUCGUUGUUGCUGUGGGAAGUCUUGUUGAAGAUGUGAAGAUUGGUGAUUAUGCCGGUGUUAAGUGGUUAAAUGGAAGUUGUCUCGCCUGCGAUUUUUGUCAACAGGCCGAUGAACCACUUUGUCCCAAAGCACUUCUCUCAGGCUACACAGUCGAUGGAACAUUCCAACAAUAUUGCAUAGCCAAAGCCGCUCACAUAGCUCGGAUCCCCAAGGAAUGCGAUCUCGAAGCCAUAGCGCCCGUUCUUUGCGCCGGAAUCACCGUGUACAAAGGAUUAAAAGAAUCCGGAGUUCGACCUGGCCAAACCGUUGCGAUUGUUGGUGCUGGAGGCGGAUUAGGUUCGCUUGCUUGUCAGUAUGCUAGAGCUAUGGGUUUGGAUAUUAUAGCUAUUGAUGGAGGGGCCGAGAAACAACAGAUGACUAAGGAGUUGGGUGCCCAGCAUUAUGUUGACUUUAUGUCGAGUAAGAAUUUGGUUGAAGAUGUGAAGGCGUGCACGAGUGAUGGACUUGGACCACAUGCUGUCAUUUUGGUUGCUGUUAAUGAGAAACCGUUCCAGCAAGCGGCCGAAUAUGUUCGACCACGUGGUACAGUCGUCGCUAUUGGUCUUCCAGCUGGUGCCUAUCUUCGCGCGCCAGUUUUCGAGUCGGUUAUUAAAAUGAUUACUAUUAAGGGAUCAUAUGUUGGUAACCGAAAGGACUCUGCUGAGGCAAUUGAGUUUUUCAGACGCGGUCUUAUCAAGUCUCCAUAUAAGACAUGUGGUUUGAGCGAGUUGCAGAAGGUUUAUGAUUUGAUGCAUGAGGAUACUGGCAGUGCAUUCAGUAAGGACCAUCCCACCACCAUGGACCCGGGUAAAAGAUGA